ACUACCGUGGGCCUCUCUAAGGCGGCUUAUGGAAGAGUCCUUCUGGGCUGUCCCUGCUCCCGUGUCCCUCGUGGAGAGGACCAGGGAUCCAUUUCCUGCCCCAGGGCUCCACUGCCCUAUGCCGGGUGCCCUGGGGGUUCCCUUAAGGUGCUGUGGUGGCUGGAGAGGCUGCCAGAGCCGUCGGGACGGGGGACCCACAAAGGGAGCAGGCUAUUCAGGAACGAACGGCAGCCUCGCCGGACCCUCACCGGAGCGCGUGUCACCAAGUUCACCCGUGUCACGGGCGCAGUUCAAAGACGAUCAGCGAGUUUACCGAGCUGGGCAACCGUCACUGCGUUCCACUUUGGGGGGGUUUCCACGGCCCCUCACCCGCAAACCAUGCCUGGUCGUGGUCGCUCCUGCCGCCCCAGCCCCCGCGACCACGGAGCGGCUCCCCGUCUCGGCCGACCUGCCUGGACGUCGGACAUCUCUCGUGAUGGAAUCCCACUCCGUGCCUGCCCCUGCCGCUGAGCCCCCCGGCCUCGCCCACGAGGCAGCACGUCAGGCACCCGUCCUCUGCUGUGCCCGCCCCCACCAGCUGAUGGGCACUGGGGUUGUGUCCAGGCUUCGGCUUCAGCGAAUAAAGCUGCUCCGGGCAUUGUCACGCCAUCCACCUGUAUAGGUCGUGUGUCUCGAGAACAAGGACCUUCCCUGCGGUGACUCCAAGACAAUGCUCAGCCUUGAGCGCUGAA